GAAGUUCUCUGUCUGAUUGGGGAACUGGUGCAGUGCUGUGCUGCCUCUCUCUGACCUCUGCAACAUGUGCCCCUACCCACAUGCCAAAAGAUUCUAUUAAUUCGCUAUCCCUCUCUCUAUAUAAUCCUGCCCAUAAUUUUCUCCCUUUGGCUGGUUACGUGCACAGCGUGAGAACACAAGAGAGACGUGCGACAACAAAAAAGGGUUCUUGCGUUUGAAUACUCAAACCGUUUGUUCUACAAUACGGCCAUGGCUGUAAAGGGGCUGGUGGUGUACCUGCUGACGGGUUUUUCUUUGGCUGUUCUCGCUGUUUAUUUCAUCAGCAAUGGCGGUAAUGCACAGCCGUGGCUUCUUUCAUCUUCAGAAUCCAAUUUUUUGGAGCGGAAGUAUGGAUCUGAAGCCAAAGUCUGGCCUGAAUUGAAGUUUAGUUGGAGAGUAGUUUUGGCCACUGUGAUAGGAUUCUUGGGCUCGGCCUGUGGCACGGUCGGCGGGGUUGGUGGCGGUGGCAUUUUUGUGCCAAUGCUAACUCUGAUUGUUGGGUUUGAUACCAAGUCUGCUGCUGCUAUUUCCAAGUGCAUGAUAAUGGGGGCUGCAGCAUCAUCAGUUUGGUACAACUUGAGGGUCCCCCAUCCAUGCAGAGAAGUGCCAAUAAUUGACUAUGAUUUGGCUCUUUUGUUCCAGCCCAUGCUCAUGCUUGGCAUCACCUUUGGUGUGGCUCUGAGUGUUGUCUUCCCCUAUUGGCUCAUCACUGUCUUGAUCAUAAUCUUGUUCUUGGGGACUUCUUCAAGGUCCUUUGCCAAGGCUAUUGAGAUGUGGAAGGAGGAAACUGUUUUGAAGAAAGCCAUGCAAGAUAGACAAACUUUCGUUAAUUCUCGCGGUGAAUUGCUAAUUGACACUGAGUAUGAACCUUUGGUUCCUAGAGAGGAGAAAACAGCAUUGCAAAUUAUGAAGGGCAACCUCAGCAUUAAGAAAAUUUUGGUGCUGCUGCUUGUCUGGAUUUGCUUUUUGCUUCUUCAAGUGAUUAAGAACGGCACGAGGACUUGCAGCACAUGGUACUGGGUGCUUAACUUGUUACAGUUGCCUGUUGCUCUUGUUGUAUUCUUCUAUGAAUGUGUGAAACUGUACAAAGAAAGCAAGAAAAGGAGGAUGGCUGGAACCUCAGAAUUCAUAUGUGAAGCAGCCAUAGAAUGGACUACUACAAAUCUUACCUUCUGCGCUCUUUGUGGGGUCUUAGGAGGCACCGUUGGCGGCUUGUUAGGUUCUGGUGGCGGUUUCAUUCUUGGUCCCCUCUUGCUCGAGAUUGGAGUGAUCCCUCAGGUCGCUAGCGCGACAGCAACCUUUGUGAUGAUGUUCUCCUCAUCUCUAUCUGUGGUGGAGUUUUAUCUCCUGAAGAGAUUUCCCAUGCCCUAUGCUCUGUACCUGAUGGGUGUGUCGAUUCUUGCUGGUUUCUGGGGACAAUUUUUCAUUAGAAAACUAAUCACAAUCCUAAGGAGAGCAUCGCUCAUCGUGUUCAUUCUCUCCGGUGUCAUUUUCGCCAGUGCUCUCACAAUGGGUGUAAUUGGAAUAGAGAAAAGCAUCAAGAUGAUAAACAACCAUGAGUUCAUGGGAUUCUUGGACUUCUGCUCCAGCCAAUAACUCUGAGCGAUGGAGGUUGUCUGAAGAUGAAAAUUUAAAAUGCAACAAAGGAUUGAAACAAUAGGAUGGAUUUGUUUUGCGUUGAGGAAUAGUGGUUUGGUCAAUGCCUAAUUGACCAGCCCUCUAAAGUCUUUGGUCAUAUGUUACUGUGUAUAAUAUGUAUGUUAGUGCAGCAGCUGUACUAGUAGUAGUAAUGGGUGUUGGCCAAUGCCUAACUGACCAACCCCCUCUCAUGCCUUAGUUGUCAUAAUUUGAAAAUGUGUGCCCAAAAGGGGUUUUGACUAUGUCGAGUGUUAGCCACCGCUAACACCACAGCCCACUCCCCCACUUCAUUUGUUUUAUAUGAAUAAAACACGUCAAGAUUGUUGUUUUGCC